GAGUCAGUCAUAGGAAUUGUCAAUGUUAGUAUUAAAUUUCAGUGGACCUACUAUCCCAAAAGUCCGACAAUCCCACCAGCCCUUUCCCCUGUUUCAAACUUUCUUAAUUGCUUAUAGAGUAAUUCAAAUAUAGACACCUAUUACCUUCUGUACACCCAUGUGAGUUUACAUGUUAUUCCUUAAAUCAUAUAAGUAUGUAAUGUUGUUCGAAUUUCUAAGUGUGUAUUUUGCAUGUUCAUUGCUACUAUUUCUGCGACUGACCAUAGAAUGAGGACUCUGAGCUUCAUAUUAGUACAAUCGUACAAACUGAAAUUGUGUUGGAUGUUUUCUUGUUGAAUAAUAGGAAGAUCAGAGAUGGGACUGCUAGUUCAAUUGAUUGUCAGUUGACUAAUAUGAUCACAACCUGAAUCACCGUCGGAAGAAAACAAGAACUCCGAUGGCCGGAGGUCGGAGGAGGGUGAAGGGUGAAAGUGGAUCAGCCUCAGCCAGUCAUAUUUUGGUGAGCAAGGUUCAGGGAAAAUGCAAUGAUCCUUUGAUGGAAAUGGAAUAUUGCAGAGGAUUUGAGCGUUUUAAUGGUGGGGAAAAGAUGGGUGUCUCUGCUCGAAAGCUCGCCGCUGGUCUGUGGCAUUUGGCGGCGGAGUUCGCCUCCGAUGAUGGUGGUGGCGGCAUGAAGCGGCUACAGUGUGGUUCGAUUCACCCUCUCCCUUCUUGGAUACCAAUUCCUAAAUCUGCGUCUGAGGGAGCUACAAAGUGGGAUCCUGGCCGCUACAAAAUGUCCAGUGAAAUUGAUCAUCCCAAUGGCCUCGUAAAGCUUUAUAAAGAUCAACAUACUGCAACUACCUCACUUGCUCCUGCUUUACAAGUUGAACUAGUAAGAGCAAGAAUUUGCAUUGAAGAGCUAGAAUCUGAAAGGAGGCGUCUUGGGAAGAAAUUCAAACACUUUGUGAGGAAUCUGAAUGAAGAAAGAACCUCGUGGAUGAGAAAAGAAUGUCAGAAGAUGCACGCUGUAGUUGAUGGCUUAAAAGAUGAUUUGAGAAGAGAAAGAAGAAACUGUAAACAGUUGGAUAUUAUUAAUUCCAAAUUACUGGUUGGUCUAGCUGAUUCGAAGUUAUCCUCCAGACAAUAUAUGCAUGAUUAUGAGAGAGAGAGAAAAUCUAGAGAGUCGCUGGAGGAUGUGUGCAGUGAGCUAGUCAAGGAGAUUGAAGAAAAUAGAGCUGAAAUUGAAGCAUUGAGGAGUGAAAGAGCCAGACUUGAUGAGGAAGUGGAAGAAGAGAGAAAAAUGCUUCAAUUGGCUGAGGUUUGGCGCGAAGAACGGGUUCAAAUGAAGCUGAUUGAUGCAAAGCUACUUUUAGAAGAAAAAUAUUGCCUGAUGAGUGAUCUUAUAUCAGAAUUUCAGAGCUUUAUGAGAUCUAAUAAUGAAAUUGUGGACAUGACUGACUUAGUUGAAGUGCAAGUGGUCAAGCAUGUUUUUGACUCGUUGAACAUCCAAGAAAUAAAGGAGUUCUCUUCUAGCUCCCCAAUAUCAAAUGGCAUAUAUACACCAAACGAGGGUUCUGUUAUUUUUGAAGCUAAGAAAUUGGAAACUAAUGAAUGUGUUGGUUAUAACAAUCCUUGCCAUUCCUCUGCAAUCUUAAUUGCUGGUACUGAGAGUAGAAAUGGUGCUAUGAACACCAGCAGUGAAUGUCUGAAUGUCUUUCUUGAUCACGACGAGAGUUGGAAAGAUGCAAGUGGUAGGAAAACAGUGACCCAAGCUGAAGAUCACUUUUCAAAUUACACUGAUGGUGAAACUGAGCAUUCUGCCAAUGGUAUUGAUCGAGGCAGAUAUCUUUUAUGUGGCAAAGUGAAUCAUGAGCAGACCACUGGUCAAUCGGGUCCUCUGGAUUUUGAGACCAGUGAAAUCUCCCCGGUAUUGCCAAAGAAAUCAAAGAAGAAAGGAUCCUCUUUUCGCAAGCUUUGGAGAUCAUCACUCUCAAAUGAUGAUUUGUGCAAGACAAUAUCACUUGAUGACAGUGGAAAACUUUCAAAUGGAUCAAUACCUAACGUGGAUGUUAUUUUGUCCGAGAAUGUACCAGCUGAAAGAGCACUAGACUACCAAGAUUUUGUGAGUCAUUGCUGCUCAGGUGGUCCAAGAAAUCCACAUACCGCUCGAGCCAUGAAAGGAUGUAUUGAAUGGACACGUGGAAUCCCGAAGCAUGGCUUGAAGUCCAAGCUCUUGGAAGCAAGAAUUGAAAGCCAAAAAUUGCAAUUGUGCAAUGUGCUUAAACACUUCAAUUAGGUGGGGAAUGGCUUCAGUUUACUGCUUUAGGUGACACCCAUGCCCCAGACUUUCGUGUCUCAGAUUCCUUGAAUCAAUCCAGGUAGGACACUCUUCAGUAACUUACUGUGGAAUUUCAGAGUCAGCAAAAUUUUUUUUUUUGCACAGCAACUAGAGGACUUUUCCUUAUCCACCCCUUCAAACCUCUUUAUCACCAAACCGCUUAAUUCACAGAUAACUGGGCUUUCUGGACUAGUCAAAGCAGAUCCAAGAUUGUUAGUUGAUACUACUUAUUAUUGUUACUAUUGGAAAAUUUUCUUCAGUGUCGACUUGACAUUAACUUGAAUAUUUCGAAGUGCCAAACAAACCUAUAGUUUUGGUGGACAUGAUUUGGGCCUCAUGUAUGUUGGGCCCGAAUCCAUGGUGGAUAUGAAUUGUUCUGAAUCAAAGAGCCGGUGCUGGGAUGGCUCAUUAAGUCAUAGUCGUUUGGUAGAGUGUAUUGAAAAAACUAAUACAUACAUUAAUUAAUGUGUAUUAUCAGUACCUCGUUUGGUUCACUUUUUAGUUGAUGUAUAAUUAAUGCUUGUAUUAGUUAUACACUCUAUUGUGUAUUGAGAUGUGUAUUAGUAAUACACACCAUUUCCAUGUAUUAGUAAUACAAAGGCUUUGAAUACAUGUAUUAACUUGUUAAAUGUCAAAUUUGCCCCUUUCUUUUA